UUAAGAUACUUGUUUCUAUUUGCUCCCUUUCAAGGUUUGGUGUGUGGAAUAUUAUUAGUUUUCUCAAUGAGAAAGGUUUCCACAUUUGACUGCGCAUUCUUGCGCUUCUUGCUCCCUCUCUUCAUUCUUGUUAGCUUUUUUGCUAACUCCGCUGUGCUGGCAACUCAACUUUCAGGAAAUGAAGCCAAGAGCGAGAGUAAACUUGGGAACCAAGACUCGGCAACAAAAACCCCCGAAGAAGCUCAUGAUAGAGACGCAAAAUUCAAAGGGUUUUUUCAUCCAAAACCGAUUUUUGAAAAGCCAUUUUUCAAAAAAUCAAUUCCUAUUGUCAAGCCGAUUCCCAUUGUUAAGCCUAUACCAAAGCCGAUUCCAGUUGUUAAGCCAAUUCCAAUUGUUAAGCCCAUACCAAAACCGGUUCCUAUUGUGAAACCUAUUCCUGAACCGGUUCCAAUUGUUAAACCUGUAAUAAAGCCGGUUAUAAUUAAAAAACCGGUUCCUAUUCCAGUUGUUAAACCAAUUCCUGUUGUGAAGCAUAUCCCGGUGUUUAAACCUAUUCCAAAGCCAAUUCCAAUUGUGAAGCCUAUUCCAGUGUUGAAGCCAAUUCCAGUUGUUAAGCCUAUUCCAAAGCCAAUUCCAAUUGUGAAGCCUAUUCCGGUGUUGAAGCCUAUUCCAGUUGUUAAGCCUAUUCCAGUUGUGAAGCCUAUUCCAGUGUUAAAGCCAAUUCCAGUUGUUAAGCCUAUUCCAAUUUUCAAACCUAUUCCGAAACCAAUUCCUAUUGUUAAGCCCAUUCCAGAACCGAUUAUAGUGAAAAAGCCCGUUCCAAUUCCACUUGUUAAGCCAUUUCCUAAACCAUUUCCAAUCCCCAAGAAACCUUUCUUCCCUCCACAUAAUCCAGAGGUUGAGCAAGAGACAUUUCUAAAGCCAAAGCCUCUCUUUAAAGAGCCUAUUCCUAAAUUACCAUUUCACCCUGAAUUCAAGAAACCAAUUCUACCUCCUAAGCCAAUUCCAAGUCCUUAAGAUUAUUAUAAGAGUCUUCUUAGCCUUAUUCUACAAUAAAAGUUUUAUGAUGUUUGUAUCUUCAGAAUUAUGGUUUCAUAAAUAAUAUAGUAUUUCAGUUUGUGUGUAUUGUAUUGAGAAACAGUUGUGCUCUUUAAUAUUUUCUCUUUAAGAAGUUCUAUAUUGCUAUUGUAAAUCGAUUUUAAUAAUAAUUAAACUAAAG